GUUCAUUAGGAAGGUGAAUCUGGAAAAAUAAAAGUGAAAUAUUGUGGGUUUCUAGUACUUAAAGGUAGAGAAAAAACCAUUACUGUUGUUGUUCAUCCUGAUUUCUUAGAAAGAGAACGCUGUGGCAGAGUAAGCCUUCGAACAUCGACAACAUGUAGUUUUAUCAAGAAAAGAGCAGAAACAACAGUGUUAGCCGUCGGUCGACCUUAACAGUUUGUAUUAUUAGGACGCAGAAAGCCUUUAAUGCUAAGCUGAAGGUAACUAAUUACAGCCAGUCUUCGCCAUGGGUAAUGGAACCGUUUAUUGGAUCAUGUCACUUUAAGUUGAAGUCCCAGAUCAAAGACCGCUGACAGCUUGAUGAAAGAACAAGGUCCUUGAAAAGAAAUGAAAUAUUUCAAUAUAUAGCUUUAAUGUCUAUUUAUUUACUAUUUAAACAAAAGAGAGGAGGAAAACCAGAACAGUAGUUCACCGAAUCAUGGCUUGUUGGAACAGUCUUUCAGGAUAUCUGGUACAUAAACCAGGAGGAGCUCUAGGACGACUCAAGUCAAAGAAAAGACAGUGGUAUGUAUACGAUGAAGGAAGCUCUAAUUUACUUUAUUACAAGAACGAAACAGACUCGAAUACCAAGCAACCUCUAGGUGCCAUCAACAUAAGGGAUUCUGCUAUUUCGUUAACUUUGGAGGAAAUUAACCAGUUCGUAAUACACUCUGAAAACAAGGAAUAUGUUUUGGUGGCUGACAAUCACGAGUCUAUGAUGAUUUGGAUCGUGGGUCUACAGGCAAGUAGAGAUGGCUUUCAUUAUCGCCUGGCACUUAUGAAUUCAGAAAGUGAUGGUGCCUCAGGAAAUUCCAAAAACCACCAAUCACAGAGAAGGACAGAAUCCUUACCGAAUGAUCAAGAAAUGAAGGCUAUGAUCACAAGAACUCAGGUUGCUGAAGAUAAAACUAAGAUAUUUAGGACCCAUUCUUUUCAGCUCCAGAAUACGUCCUUAGACGAGAAACCACAAUCUGAGAAAUCACCUGCGAGUACACUAUGGAUGAAUAAAACCACGCAUUCCAAAAAUGAGCUAAAAGACUUUCACCAUUCCAAAGGAACCGAGAAGAUACCGAAAUUCACGAAGAGUAAAGUCACAGAUGUCGCUCACACUUACCACGAGGAAACUGAAGCCCCGAAAGAAGAAGCUCGAGGAACUGCCGAUUUAGACCGUAACAAUAACGACAGCAGACGAGGAUCACUCGAAAGUGAGUCGGAAAAUGUUAGAGAAUUCCGAGAAGAUUCCGGCAGUAAUAAUUAUACAGUUCAGAGUGAUUCAAGUGGAAAAACGUCUGAUUCAGAAACUUUAGAUAAAGUCUAUAAAAGUCAGAUUGGUAGUUCUCAACCAAUAAGUGACACUCGAGACAGAGUUCAACUUUUGAAAAAAAUCAAUGCCGACUCCAUCAAACUGAUUGAGUUAAAACGAAACUCUGAAAGAACAGGGUCAAUGUCGGGGACAUCUGUAUCUAGCGAUUCAGCCAUGGGAAGCAGUGAAUGCGGUCAUUUUGUUCGACUCCAGGAUUUAGAGACGGACCUUAUGUUGACGAAGUGUGAGCUUGCCAAGGCUUUGAACCGAGAAGCCAGCUACAAAAACACUGUAAUGGAAAAGGAUGCUUUAAUCAGAGAACUUCAAGACCACGUUCAUACACUAGAGAGAGAAGACGGCGGGCAGUUGCCCAAUCAGAGAUCGGUACCACGCUACCACGAAAAAUGCAGGAUUCUCCAGAACCACAAUCGUUUUUUGAAUGACGAAGUCCUGAAGUUGACUCGGAUGUUGCAAGAACAAAAGUAUCAUAACCAGACCCAAAUGUUCCGUGAGCACGAGCUAGAGGAACAGCUCAACCAGUUAAAGAGAGAUUACGUCUUUUUACUUCAGUCUUCCAUCCGAUUCUCGUUUGUAGAAGGCAGCGAAACGAUGAAAGUUUGUCAGUAUGCUGUUAAAAAGCACAAAACGAAAGUUUUAUCAUUACUAGAGGAAGCCAGAAAGCAUAAUCCAGCUCUUCCAGCUUACGAUGGAAUAUCGAAGUUUAUGACACACGUGGACUCCCUGGGGUUUAAACACAUCUGUUCGAAUGAAGGACUCAUUCUAAACUACGUAUGUCGCCAGCUUCAUCAAUAUUAUACUCCACUUCUAGGAGAAUACAAACAACAUGAGAAACACUGGAUCGACUAUCUUCAUCGUCAUGGUAACAACCUUCAGAACUCGAAAGAAUUAAAAAAUCUGGUGCGUGGGGGAAUACCGUCUCAUCUACGAGGUCGUGUAUGGCGCGCGCUCUAUCGGCAGAAAUUGAAAGACGUAAUGGACAGUAAAGGAUCUCAUUACUUCAACAAUCUGAGCAGUAUGGCUUCCGAGUCAGGGGUGAUUUCCGAAAACAGAAGACAGAUAGGCUUGGAUUUGUUGCGGACUAUUCCCAGUAAUGUUCGAUUUUGUGAGGCGAAUGCUGAUGGGGUCCGCAAGAUGCAACAAGUCCUUCAAGCAUUCUGUCUACACAACCCAAGUCUGGGCUACUGUCAAGGGAUGAACUUUCUUGUCGGCAUGUGUUUGCUAUUUCUCGAACCAGAGGACGCUUUCUAUUGUUUAGUUGCAAUCACCGAGAAAUAUUUCACUCCCAACUACUUCGACCAAAACUUAAUUGGUGCGCAGGCCGACCAACAGGUAUUAAAGGAUCUUCUUAGGGAGAAGCUGCCGAACCUAUACCGCCACCUAGCGUCGAAUGACAUCGAACUCUCAACUAUCACGCUCAAUUGGUUUCUGGCGAUUUUCUUUGACGCAGUCCCAUUUGAGGUCCUUUUGCGAAUUUGGGAUUGUUUCUUAUUAGAAGGGCCCAAAAUUCUGUUUCGGUUUACCUUAGCUAUCUUGAAAAUGCAGGAAGACGUCAUAUUAACAUGCUCUGAUACUGUAUCCAUUAUGCGGCAGUUAAAAGCAGCUGCAAAAUUUUGUUUUGAUAUCGAAACCUUGAUUAAGACAGCUUUUGAGGAACUUGAACCUUUUCCUAGACGUCAUGACAUUGCUACAAGACAAGCUUGUUAUGGGAGAACCUUGUCUGAAAAAUCCAAAAAACGAGAGAUCGAAAAGCAAGCUCAGAAAAGAAGAGAACUUAUGCUGUCGUACCUGGAGGAAGAAUCAGGUCGUCCCCUUAUUGAAUGUGCAUCUGUAUACGAUAAAGGAGUAUACUGUAUAGCAGCACAUCAGAUGUAUUCCAAUAUUUUAGGUGUAUACUGUAUAGCAGCACAUCAGAUGUAUUCCAAUAUUUUAGGAGUAUACUGUAUAGCAGCACAUCAGAUGUAUUCCAAUAUUUUAGGUUUCGAGUCCCGUGUGAUGUGUCUGUAUACUCUGGAUGAUGACACUAUGCUACUAGGAUCACUGUAUCACUUUGUUCAUGCAUACAGUACAAAGACUCACAAAUUGAUUUGGGAAAUCCGAUUAAAUGACUCUGUACUAAGUCUGUGUUCUCAUGAAGAAGAGGGAAUGAAAAAAGUGUACGCUGGUUUAGCUGAUGGCACUCUAGCGGUCAUUGAGGGCAUCCAGGGAUUUUCACCACAACCGGAGUGUUUCUACAUCAUGAUUGGUUCUAGCCCUGUGACGUGUCUUCAGCACGUGCAGAUACGACUUUGGUGUGCUUGUGGUAACAGGGUGAUAAUUCUUAACAGUAGAACGUUGGACACAGUGGACCAGUUCCAGAUCUCCACCAAUCUUCUGGACUAUAUUUCGAUGCUAGUGCUGGGAGAGCACGGUGUGUGGAUGGCAAUCAAAGGCUCUUCCGUCCUUCAGUUGUGGGAUCCUACAUCCCUUGUAUGUAGGCUGCUGUAUGACGUCAGAGAAAACAUGUAUCCCAAAUCACCCAAAAAGGAAGAAAAAAAUGGACUAAAGGCUGCUCGAAUUACUUCACUUCUUCCAUUGGAAGGAAGUUUACUCGUUGGAACAGGAGAGGGCACUUUGAUCAUUUUUGAUGUUUCCAACCGUCUGUCUCGUAGCACUAGUGCAGCGAACUCUCCUUUUCCUGAACAAGCUUCUCCAAGUUGUGCCACUUCUGAACAGAUUCAAGACAGAAUACAGGAAGUUCUGGCUGAGCAGAAGAGAAAUGAACACGGAGCUGAAGAUAAAAAUGCCACCAUAACGCGAAAGAAGGACAGCAGCCGCUAUACUGUCAACAUUCCGACUCCUGCGGUGCUUUUGAACUGCUACCAGAGCACGAUUCCAUCAGAAAUAGCAGCGUCAUCUGAAGAACAAAACUCGGAUGUUAAAGUUAAGUCACCUGGCUACGAGGGAAGUAGCACGAGCACCUCUAGUGGACAGCUGAGUACUGAAACUGUUGUACCUGUGACUUUUGUUGAAUUCAUAAACAAGAAGGGUGACAAAAGGGGGAUACUACAGGUUAACGAAGGCUUCAAUAAAAUUGAAAAUGAUGAUCUAGAAAACGCAACCCUCUCUGUAGGUCCUACUAGUAUUUUGCAAAACAUUUGUUAUCAAAAAACUCCGAUGAAAGAUUUUGCAAUUCAGAGCGUUAACGGUUCUUCAGUAAGCACUGUACCUUGCGUUGAAAGAAACGUUACAUAUAUAAAUAAACAAAAUGGUCUUCUCGAUCGUGAGAACGACCUUAAAAAAUCUGAACAGCGAAUUGUGAAUCAAAGUAUGUCAGAUGACUACAUUCAGAAUUCGUUGAAAAAUGAAUGUUAUUACAAUACGAAAACAUUUACUCUAGACGAGUGUAUUGUGGAGAACAGAAAUCUACCAGAUGAAGAAAUAAACUUUCACCGCACAGCUUGCGAUGGGCGUUUCUUCUGUGCACCCGCCACCCAGGAUUUCACCCCACAUAAUGUUGAAAACUUUGAACAGUCAUAUCCAAAACUAUCAAACUCUCAUGAAGCCAAAGAACCCCAUAAACGUGAUUUACAUAGUAUUAAUGGACAGUUAAGCCAUGUACAAAGUAAGGAAACCACAUUGAUAGAAAGAAGUCGACGCAUUCAUAGAGACUCGAGCAGUUGGUUAGCAGACAACGGUUUCAUUAAGAAAAACAAACUUCACGAUAUCAGUGUUAACCCUGUUUUUCUUUUCGAGGCUCCAUGUAACACUGGUAUAUUAGAAAGUGGUCUAAGUAGUGUGAAAAAUUCAGUUUUCGGUGACAGAAUUUUAUCCAAAGCCGUAAAACCAUCGACUCGGCCACCUUUGAGUUUACAGAACUCUUUGGACUAUAACAAGAAACGUAUCUGUCGAUGUAAUUCAUUGGAAAACCUAUCUGAUAUGAGAAAGAAGGUUAUAAUGAAAACUAAGAAGUUUACAGCUACUAGUUUUGAUGACAUACGCGGAGUAUUGAGUGGAGACACGUUAAGUGCUUCUAUAUCCAGCGGUAGCUUUGAUUUUGAUGACAUUUUUGUGAAGUACGCAGAUGACGAGUGUCGAAAGUUAUCUUUUGUUACCAAAACAAUUGGAGAAGCUACUACAAAAACUGUUCUUGAAGAUUGUAAAAUAAAUAAAACUCAAAAUAAACAAACAGUCAGUAGUGAAUAUUCGAAAAGCAUAUCCACUUUAAACCCAUCGAAUUCACCAAUUUCUGUUUAUUCAGAACUUUCAGCUGAUUCAAGUUUACCGCCACGUUUGGAAUCCAUGCUUCCAGAUGUUCAUCAUCAGUUACCUCGUUGGUACAAAGAUGGCCUAAUAACAGAAAGCGAUUCUGGCUCUCCUCUUAGUGUAAAAGACUCCUGCUCUAGUUGCUAUAUGAACACGAACCAGACUAGCAAUACAUCUAACUGGGUCAAUGAUGAAGAGUUGUCCACAACUACCGUGGAAAAAGACGGGUUUACACAUCACACGCUACUCCUGUCGGAUGGUUGUAACAGCAGCUCAUUGAAGUGCAGCGAGACAGUCAGUAAUAUGUCUUUCAGUAGCAGUGAAUUUCCGUACACGUAUCAACUUAUUCUGCAGGAAAGGAUAAAGAUUUCUGAUAAACCCAUCCGAUGCUUGCUACAGACCACAUGUGAGGGUGAAGCGGCUAUAAUAAGUUGUGCUGGUUGCUGUGGUGACGACGAAGCCGUGUUGAAGUGGACAAAAGAAGGAAAAGAAAAGUUAUGGACCAACGAUCCAAUUAUUGAAGUCUGUCCUUAUACUAACACCAUCAAACCAUCGCAGUACGCACGAUCACGCAUGCCCAGACGCUCAUCACUUAAUACGAGUACUCUGAUGGUAUUAAGUAACACCACUGAAAUGGAGUCUUUUUUAGCCUCUGGCCGUGUGGGUUGGUGUUCUAUGUCAUCUUCUGCAUCUAGCACUUCAAGUGUUAUGAGUAGUAGUUUUGCCAAAGUACAGAACAUCUUUUCUAGAGUUCAGGAAAACAGCUGAAGUAAACUGAUAUAAAGACAGAAAUUAUUUUGCCUAAAUAACCAGUGAUCUUGAAAGAUCUUCAACGUACUGACUCUUCAAAAACAACAAGAGACCCAACAGGAUCCUUAUAGUUCUAACGUUUGGCAGUAGUAGCCAGAUAAACUCUUCAAAAUAUUAAACUUUUCCGUGAUUUAAAAAAUAUUACUUUUAAUUACUUCACUUCUCUCGAAAUAUUUUACUGGGAAAAUUUCUAUUUAUGUACACGUAUUGUGUGAUUGUGUACCCUGUACUUGGAGACUAAAAGUGCCAAACCUAUAUCUAUGUGUAUUAUAAUAUCAGUAAUCAAUUGAAGAUAAUUUCCUGUCACCCUAUUAUGAACGCAUAUAUUUGUUCUUUAUAGUUGUGUAUGUGUUUGAGAUUAGAAGUUAAAAAAAAAGUGUUUUGUAAAUUGUCCUCCAGAAUAUGUAUGAUACUGUCAGGUUUCACGUAUGAGUAUUGUUGAGUAAUAUGUAUGACAGUAACUGUCAGGUUUCACGUAUGAGUAUUGUUGAGUAAUAUGUAUGACAGUAACUCUCAGGUUUCACGUAUGAGUAUUGUUGAGUAAUAUGUAUGACAGUAACUCUCAGGUUUCACGUAUGAGUAUUGUUGAGUAAUAUGUAUGACAGUAACUGUCAGGUUUCACGUAUGAGUAUUGUUGAGGAAGAGAUAUUUCUAUAAAAAGUAUGUUCUAAAGUUCCUUGAUCUUUUGAUGGUACAUAUUCAUGAUCAGAAUGGAAAAUGCAUGAAUU